CAGAAACAGUUCUCGUCACGCAGCAGCAUCAAAGCAGGAGGCGACCGCACGCAGCAGAGACACACGGAGCUGACAGGUCAUCCGUCUUUACUCGACUUCAUCCAGUCACCACAGCAAGAAAACAUCUUUCAUCCAAACCAGGACUUUUAUUUGUUCAUGCAAAUAUGCUGCUGUGCUCACACUGCGGGGGGAGAAGAGGCCAGCCUUAGAAUAAACUCCCUGCAAGUUGGUCCCCACACAGGAGGGAAGAAACACUUGUCCUGGAAUCUCUGAUCGUCCCUUUGCACCUUUUCUUCUAUUGCUAAACCUUUUUGGACACUUCAGCCGGACCUGAUGGAAGCCAAAGGAAAGUAUGAUUUUACUGCAACAGCAGACGACGAGCUCAGCUUCAGAAAGGGCGAUAUACUUAAGAUCUUAAGCCCGCAGGACGAGUGGUAUAAAGCAGAGAUGAACGGACAGGAAGGAUUCGUACCACAAAACUACAUCGAGAUGCAGACUCCGAGGUGGUUUCAGGAGAAUGCCAGUCGCAGCGCUGCAGAGGAGGUCCUCAGGCAAAAAGAUGUGGGAGUCUUUGUGAUCCGCGGAUGUCAGAGCUCCCCGGGAGACUUCUCCAUCUCUGUGAAACACGAGAGCGACGUUCAACACUUCAAAGUGAUGAGAGACAGCAAAGGCAACUACUUCCUGUGGUCUGAGAAGUUCACCUCCCUAAACAAGCUGGUGGAUUACUACAAGGCCACCUCCAUCUCUAAAACCAGGGAGAUCUACCUCAACGAUGGCAGCUUGGACAGUAAGAGUCCGUCCAUGGCCCAGUCGGUGAAGAGGGGAAGUUUGCCUGAACAACGUGGCACAGCUGCACCCAUUGUUGCUUCACCGCGCAGAGCUUCAGACCAGCCUGCCAACCAGCUGGCUAAGAGAGUGGGUCUGGAGGAGCGAGCUCACACUAUCGGUCACACAGGAAGAAGCAGCCCCGUCACAGCGGGUCAUCCUCCCCGCCGCACAUCUGAUACCAUGCCUCUCCCUCAGAGGGCGUCCGUGCCGCAGGUGAAGGCGCUGUACGACUUCACCGCAGAAGAAGACGACGAACUCGGUUUCAUCGCCGGCGACAUCAUCGAGGUGUUGGAUCGCUCUGACGCGUCAUGGUGGAGAGGAAGGCUGCGGGGGAAAAGCGGGCUGUUUCCGGCUAACUACACAAUACAGCUGUGAGAAAACCCCCCAGGCGAUGCACUUAGUACUCCUGCACACAAUCACAGACUUGCUCUGCAGGUGCUUCACUAUGUGUUUUUGAACAUCAACACUGACUCAUCUAAUCUCUGCACCGCGUGUUCACGAAGACGUCGGUGCCCAACGGACUGUGAGUCAGUCAGUGUUUUCAGAUAAUAAUCACACAAAGGAGCAGAGACACACCUACAGGAACUUCCUAAAGCCUGACAUGUUAAACUGCCACGAGGAGUGUUUGAUCAUUUUCACCAUGACAUGUCUGACAGCAGGUAUUUAUUUACAAAAUGCUCGUUGGCCAGUCUGCUGAUGAAUCGACUGUUAUCCAACUGUUUCUGUUCGUGUUGUAAGUGUCAUCAAAGUUCAUACCACAAACAGUUUUGUAUGAAAAACUCAGCUGAUUUCACAAAAAUAAGAUGUGUUACUUCCUUGAAAUAA